AUGUCUAAUGCCAUUGUGCCACCAUUCCCUAGUAGGUUGGAAAAAUCUAAGAAAGAAGAGUACGAGCAAGAAAUUUUGGAGACCUUUAGGAAGGUGGAAAUAAAUAUUCCCUUGUUAGAUGCCAUCAAACAAAUCCCCAAAUAUGCAAAAUUUCUGAAGGAGUUGUGCACUAACAAAAGGAAGCUGAGAGGCGAUGAGAAGGUAAAGGUUGGGGAGAACGUGUCAGUUGUCAUCAAAAGGACCCUGCCGGAAAAGCAUGCUGAUCCAUAUAUGUUUACUUUACCUUGUGUGAUUGGCAAUAAAAGAAUUGAGCGUGCCAUGCUAGAUUUAGGUGCAUCCAUCAAUGUCAUGCCAUACUCAAUUUAUUGUGCUUUGAAUUUAGGUCCAUUGAAAGAAAUUGGGGUUGUUAUUCAAUUAGCUGACCGUUCUAACGCUUACCCUGAAGGGAUUGUUGAGGAUGUUUUGGUACAUGUUAAUGACCUUAUAUUUCCAGCCGACUUUUACAUCUUGAAGAUGGAGGAGGAUACUAUCACAAGUUCAGCCCCACUUCUAUUAGGUAGGCCAUUUAUGAAUACGGCCAAAAUCAAAAUAGAUGUGGAUGAGGGUACCCUCUCCGUCGAGUUUGACGGCGAGAUUGUUAAAUUUAAUAUUUUUGAAGCAAUGAAGUACCCCAAUGAAUGUCAUUCGAUUUGUUCAGUUGACAUUGUUGACUCAAUUGUGCAGGAAAUUUUUGGGGAAGAGGAUAUGAAUGCGGAACUCAAAUUAAGUGCACAAUUGGAUAUGGAGGAAGAAUUAGAUACAUCUUGUGAAGCUCCGGAGCCGAUAUUGGAACAAAAGGUAACAAAUUCUAAUAUUCCAUCAUCGUUUUCUCAUAAGAAAUUGUUGCCUUCUAUUUUGCAGGCUCCGAAGUUAGAGUUGAAGACCUUACCAGAUCACCUUAAGUAUCCCUACUUGGGUAACAAAGAAACAUUGCUAGUGAUCAUUGCAAAAGGGUUGACUGAUGAUCAAGAGGCACACUCAUCGAGGUUCUGA